AUGACACGCAUCGCCCAGCACGUCUACAUCGGCAAUCAGAGGAACGCAGACGAUUUGGAGGAACUCUACACAACGGGCAUCACCCACGUCAUCAACUGCGCCCCCUCUCGACUGAGAAGGGCAUCAAGAACCGAAUCGCCCUAUCCCCCGAAAAGUGGGGUCGUUGGAUUUAAGGUUAUUCCAGCCGAAGAUAAAGAAGAGUAUAACAUUGAGAAACAUUUCGAAGAGGCUCUCGAGUUUCUGGAGCAAGUGAAGCAUGGAGGUGGGCGAGCACUCGUUCAUUGUAACAUGGGAGUCAAUCGAAGUGGAGCCAUCAUAGCUGCUUAUAUAAUGGCCAGUGAACGUCGCUGUCUUCUAGAGGUCAUCAAAUAUUUAAAGUCCAAACGAAGUCUCAUACUGACGAACAAAGGAUUCAGACGCCAACUGAUUAGGUAC